AUGACGCGCCAGGGCUACCUCAUCGUCCACGCCAAGCAUGCGCGCCCGUCGGUGCGCUACUUCUCGCUCGAGGACGGCUUCCUGCGGCAGUUCGCGUCGGCCGACUGCGCCAAGUGCCUGAGCGAGGUGCGGCUAUCGGGCUGCAAGAUCACCGUCAAGGCGCAGAAGCGCGCCGACGGCGUGCCCAACAGCUUCUACCUCGAGACGCGCAAGGUGUUCGUCAAGGACCGGUCCUACACGCUGGGCAACGCCGAGCGGCUCGAGUUCAGCGCCUGCAGC